AAAGACGGCAACCUGUAGACGAACAACCUUUUGCGCUCUAAUCCGAAGAUCGACGUGGGACCACCAUGAGAAACCCAAGACAUUGCCUUAGCGUGGGUGUCGCUAUCGGAAGCAUCAUGUACCCUUUCCUCCUAUCUACGUACCUCUACCUCAUUGUCUGAAGCCACACUUGGAGUGUCACGUCAACACACACCCCGAAUCUCCUUACGAUCACCUUAUAAAGACAAGCCUUUUCCAACCCAUCUCCAAGCCAUCUAAACCCUCUUCUCUCCUACAUUCUAGCCAGUCAAGUUCGUUCUUGAAUCCCACCUCCUACUUGGAUCUCAUGGGAUUCUGAUCCAUACCAUCAGCAUACGGAGACUGCAGACCUUGACAACACCAUGGCUGCCCCUGCUUCACCUGACUACAUCAUUAUUGGUGGUGGCACUUCGGGUCUCGUCGUCGCUAGCCGCCUCGCUGAGGACCCCAACGUGCAGGUCUUGGUCCUGGAGGCUGGCAAAGACCUCAGUGCUGAUCCUCGGGUCAAUGUGCCUGCCUUUUUCACGACCCUUAUGGGCUCGGAUGCCGACUGGAAGUAUAAGUCGGUCGCCCAGCAGGGUCUCAAAGGACGUACCAUCGGUGCACCUCAGGGAAAGGCCUUGGGGGGUUCCUCUGCCAUCAAUGGCCAGGCCUUCAUCGCCCCGUCACAGGCGGAGCUGGAUGCAUGGGCUCAACUAGGCAACCCAGGCUGGGAUUGGGCAGGGCUUGUACCCUUUUUCAGAAAGUUCUACACCCUGAUCCCCCCACCGGACAAGGAGACUCGUGAUCACCUUGGAAUCGACUGGAUAAACGAGGACUUCAGAGGCACCUCGGGCCCUAUCAAGGUGUCCUUUCCCGGCGUUCUGCAGAACCCCUUGGCCAAGGCGUGGAUAGAUGCUUUCCGUACUUUGAACAGCACCACAACUGGAGAUCCAUUUUCUGGCAACUCGCUUGGUGCAUACAGUAACGCAGCUACCGUGGACCCGGAGUCCAAGAUUCGAAGCUACGCAGGUAAUGCGUUCGACAUCCAGCAGAAGCCCAAUGUUAGAAUCGUAACUGAGGCUCAAGUCCUGAAGAUUCUUUUCACCGGCGCUGCUUCUGAUGCCGUUAAGGCAACAGGUGUCCAAGUCUUAGUCGAUGGAAAAUCCCAAGAGUUCAAGGCCGGGAAGGAAAUCAUUCUUGCCGCUGGCGUAUUCAACACUCCUAAGCUCCUUGAAUGUUCGGGCGUUGGCGGCAAGAACAUCUUGAAACAGCAUGGCAUUCCUGUUGUGGUCGAUCUUCCAGGUGUGGGGGAAAACCUCCAAGACCACCUUAUGACUGGCUUGAGCUACGAGGUCAUUGAUGGUGUCGUGACUGGCGACCCACUACUUCGUCAGGAGCCGGAGGCUAUGGGUGCCGCGCAGAAACUCUAUUUUGAACACAAGGCCGGCCCUUUCACUAUGGGAGGCAUGCAGUCACACGCUUUCAUGCCUACCCAAGACGCCGUUGAGGUUCUCAAGACCGCUGUGGGCAAGCCCCAUCGCCCUGAGGAGCAAGAACAAUUCGACAUCAUCCGUGGCAUUCUCGAGAAGCCCGACGCAACGUCCGGCGCCUGGCUGAUGUUUCUCGCGCAAGCGAACCUACACGAGGGCGGGAGUAGCUUCGUUGGCUCGAAGUUCCAUCCCGAGAACUUUGCCAGUCUUGGCUGUAUCCAGUCUCACCCCUUUUCCCGAGGAUGCAGCCAUAUAACCUCGUCGGACCCCAAUGUACCGCCCACAAUCGACCCACGCUAUUUCUCGCACCCAGCCGACCUAGAGAUCUUUGCCCGCCACGUGCGGGACCUCGAUACCAGACUGCGCCCAACCGAGCCCUUAGCCAAGUAUUUCAAGCCGGACGGGAAACGUAACCAUCCGGACGCCUUCAACGUACAGGACUUAGAAGGGGCUAAGAAAUAUACACUUGAUACUGCAACGAGCGCAUAUCACCAAUGCGGCACGGCUGCAAUGUUGCCUCGAGAGAAGGGCGGUGUUGUGAAUUCACACUUGAUCGUGUAUGGCACGGAGAAUCUGCGCAUCGUGGACGCCAGUAUUUUCCCACUAAUCCCGCGCGGUAAUAUCAUGUCCUCAGUGUACGCAGUGGCGGAGAAGGCGGCAGAUAUCAUCAGGGGUCAUUAAGUAAUAAGAGGCAGUGGAAGCUCAACGCUGGUCAAUAUUGCUGUUUUCCAGGGCAAGAUCAUCUUGCACGAGCGCUGUAUUACAUCGUCUGUCUUAAAGUAGUGUUAGGCCAAAGAUGGAGAAACACAGCCCCUUUGGCUAGAUUCACCAGAUCGAAAAUACCUAGCCACUUAACAGUA